ACUACCUUGUUCUCUUUUUAGCUCGUGUGCUGCGCUGCGUUGCAAAAUUCUUGUGCGGUGUCUUUUCAAAAAACGAUACAAUGGCUGCCGAUCAAGUUCAAUUUCAACAGCUAUUAAAUUCACUUUUAUCUACAGAUAAUGAUGUCCGACAACAAGCAGAGGAAGCCUACAACAAUCUGCCUAGAAAUGUUAAAGUGACACACCUAUUGGCCGCCUUGCACAAUGGACAAAUGGCUGAGGAAGCACGGCUGAUGGCCGCUGUAGUUCUGCGAAGGCUCUUCACAUCGGAUUUCCUUGAGUUCUACAAAGAACUACCACAAGAAGCUCAAGGACAAUUGUUGCAGCAAAUACUUCUCGCAGUACAACAAGACGUAUCAGCUAAUUUACGUCGCAAGAUUUGUGAAGUAGUUGCAGAAGCUGCCCGAAAUUUGAUCGACGAUGACGGAAACAACCAAUGGCCUGAUUUCCUUCAAUUUUUGUUCCAAUGUGCAAACUCUCCCAAUGCUCAACUUCAAGAAUCAGCCUUGAGGAUCUUUGCAUCAGUGCCCGCAAUAUUCGGCAAUCAAGAAACACAAUACUUGGAUUUGAUUAAACAAAUGUUGCAAAAGAGUCUUGAACCAACAGCCGAUACAGAGGUGCGUUUCCAAGCCGUACGCGCUAUUGGAGCAUUCAUUUUACAUCACGACAAAGAUACGACUGUACUCAAGCACUUCAAUGAUCUGCUUCCACGUAUGAUUAUGAUAACCGUUGAAAGUAUCGAACAACAGGACGAUCAGAGUUUGUUGAAACUUCUCAUCGAUCUGACUGAAAACUGUCCUAAGUUCUUAAGACCUCAGUUGGAAGUUAUCUUUGAAAUGUGCAUGAAGGUAUUCAGCAGCCAAGAUGUUGAAGACGCAUGGAGACAUUUGGUGCUUGAAGUGAUGGUUUCGAUGGCCGAAAAUGCUCCCGCCAUGGUUCGUAAGCGUGCCGAAAAAUACGUGGUCGCCUUAAUACCCCUGGUGCUACAGAUGAUGACCGAUGAUUUGGACGAUAAUGAAGAUUGGGCAGUGUCCGACGAGGUAACAGAAAAUGACAACAGUGACAACAACAUCAUCGCUGAGUCAUCUUUGGAUCGUUUGGCAUGUGGUUUGGGCGGAAAGACAGUGCUGCCACAUGUAAUCAAUGCUAUUCCCGCUAUGUUGAGCUCUCCCGAUUGGAAGCAAAGACAUGGUGCCUUAAUGGCUAUUUCUGCCAUAGGUGAGGGUUGUCACAAGCAAAUGGAAGCCAUGCUUGACAACAUCAUGUCUGGAGUGCUAAACUUCUUGCGUGAUCCCCAUCCUCGAGUGCGUCAUGCAGCUUGUAACGCUGUUGGCCAAAUGGCCACAGACUUUGCUCCCAUCUUUGAAAAGAAAUUUCACGCCCAAGUUAUUCCCGGACUUCUCAGCUUGUUGGAUGACGUUGAAAAUCCACGAGUUCAAGCUCAUGCUGGAGCUGCUUUGGUAAAUUUCAGCGAGGACUGUCCUAAGAACAUUCUGACAGGUUACUUAGACGGAAUCAUGUCUAAGUUGGAAACAAUUUUGAAUGCUAAAUUCAAGGAGCUUGUUGAGAAGGGAAACAAAUUAGUUUUGGAACAGGUAGUCACGACCAUUGCCUCAGUGGCCGACACAUGCGAGAAAGAGUUCGUCACGUACUACGAUCGUCUGAUGCCGUGCCUCAAGUACAUCAUUCAGAAUGCUAAUGACGAAAAGUUGCGCAUGUUACGCGGUAAGACAAUCGAGUGCGUGAGUCUCAUUGGUUUGGCCGUUGGACGCGAGAAGUUCUUAUCUGACGCCAGUGAAGUCAUGGAUAUGUUGCUUAAAACUCACACCGAAGGCGAUUUGUCAGACGAUGAUCCACAGACUUCUUAUUUGAUUUCGGCCUGGGCUCGUAUGUGUAAGAUCUUAGGCAAGCAAUUCGAGCAGUAUCUACCCUUGGUUAUGGGCCCUGUAAUGCGUACAGCUGCAAUGAAACCCGAAGUAGCUAUGCUGGACAAUGAUGAAGUUGAGGAUAUUGAAGGAGAUGUCGACUGGUCAUUCAUAAAUCUUGGAGAACAACAAAACUUUGCCAUUCGCACGGCUGGUAUGGAAGAUAAGGCAUCAGCUUGUGAAAUGUUGGUGUGCUAUGCUCGUGAAUUAAAAGAAGGAUUCGCCGAUUACGCCGAAGAAGUAGUAAGGCUAAUGGUUCCAAUGUUGAAGUUCUACUUCCACGAUGGAGUUCGUUCAGCUGCUGCUGAAUCUCUUCCUUAUCUAUUGGAUUGCGCAAAGAUCAAGGGACCACAAUAUCUUGAAGGUAUGUGGUUGUACAUUUGUCCAGAACUUCUGAAGGCCAUUGGUACAGAACCCGAAGCCGAGGUACAGUCAGAGUUGUUGCAGUCUUUGGCCAAGAGCAUUGAGACCUUGGGACCAAACUGUUUAUCCGACGAAUGCAUGAAACAGGUACUUGAAAUCAUCACAAAGUACAUGGGUGAGCAUUUUGAACGUGCCGACAAACGUAUUCAAGCACGAAAUGAGGAGGACUACGACGAUGGUGUUGAGGAGGCUUUAGCCGAUGAAGAUGAAGCUGACACUUAUUUACUGUCGAAAAUUGUUGACAUUAUUCACUCAUUGUUCUUGACCAACAAGACUAAUUUCCUUCCUUACUUCGAUACUGUUGUGCCGCAAUUUGUUAAACUUCUUGAACCAGCUAGAUCUUGGUCUGAUAGGCAAUGGGGUCUUUGUAUAUUUGAUGAUGUUAUCGAAUAUUGUGGUCCAAGUUGCAUACAAUAUCAGCAGAUAUUUACAGCACCACUUUUGCAGUAUGUUUGUGAUAAGAGUCCCGAAGUUAGGCAAGCCGCAGCUUAUGGAUGUGGUGUCUUAGGACAGUUUGCUGGUGAACAAUUCGCCUUAACAUGCGCUCAAGCGAUUCCCAUUUUGGUGCAAGUAAUUCAAGAUCCAAAGAGUCGCGAACCAGAAAAUGUGAAUCCAACGGAAAAUGCUAUUUCAGCAGUAACAAAAAUUUUGAAAUACAAUCCAUCUGCAUUGCCUAAUAUUGAUGAGAUUAUUAAUGCAUGGUAUUCAUGGUUGCCUGUUAUCGAAGAUGAAGAUGAAGCGCCCCAUAUUUACGGCUACUUGUGCGAUCUUAUCCAAGCCAACCAUCCAAUUAUCCUUGGUGCAAACAAUUCCAAUCUUCCGCGCAUCGUUUCCAUAAUUGCACAAGCAUUCAAAGCUGGUGUGGUGAAACCACUCAGUGAGGAAGGCAGUCGCAUGAUUGGCAUUGUCAAACAAUUGGAAUCGAAUCCGGAUGUAUUUCAAGCAUGUGUCAGCAUUCUAACACCCGAACUUAAGCAAGGGCUCGAGGAGGCAUACAGAGAAUUCACAAAUCCUCCUCCCCCAACAGUAUAAUUCACAGUUGCAACAGAGUUUCACAUUGAGUCUGUGACUUGAGGGAAAGAAGAUAUAAUUCAAUUCUAACAAUUUUUUAUAUAAUAUUAUGUUUUCUAUUUAAUAUGUUUACUAAUAAUAUUUUUUUUUUACAAAUACCAUACUCUUAAAAAAAUUUUAAUUCAAAAAACAAUUGGAUAAGAAAAACAAAACCUAAAGAUCAAUUUUUCAUUCAUUUGUUCUUUAUUUGGUUUCAUUUAAAUCUUUAAAAUUAUAUAAAUAAAUAUAUAUGUGUUAAAAUAUGUAUUUAAGUUUACGGGUGUUCUGUUCAUUUAUUGAAAAAUGAAGAUAGCAGCUUUUAAAAAACAUCCACCGCGUUGGCAUUUACAUGUGUAAAAAGAAAAUUAUUGUGAAAAGAAACUUCUCUUUUUGAAAAAAAAAAAAAUAUUUUCAUCAUAAUUUUAUUAUUAUUACUUUUGAAGAAUUUUGUUAACAAUUUAUUUAAGCUAAAAUCGAAAGAAAAUUUAUAUUCGUUGAUACAUAAUUGUUUAGUGAUAUAUACAAUUUCAUAGACCAUAAUUUUUGGUUCAUUUAACAAUGAUAAACAAAAACAAAAAGAAUCUUUAAAGAAGAAAAUUGCAGAAUAUGUGAAAUUUCUACAAGUUAUGUUAAGAACAACAACAACUGUAACUGAUGAAUAAACUGAAAAAUUUAA